UAAAUGCAUAGGAUUAACAGUCAGUUAGAGUGCACAGAAAUAGUAUAAAAGGGAGAGGAAGGAGAUGGUGUCGAAGCAUAACAUAGUUCGAUGAUAUAUACUGAUAAACUAAAAUGGAGAGUAUAAUACGAGAGAGAUCAUCAUCAAGGUCAGUGUUUAUAUUGUUCGGUCUUGCUUGUGUUUUGCUGUCGCUAAGCUCACAAUCUGUUACUGGAUUACGAGACCUAAAGGAGAGAGAUAGUAGUGAGAGUAAUUUUAUCAAUGCUACUAAUUCUUCAAGCGUUUCCCACUCUAAGAAUACUGCCAACAAUUCGACCGUUGGGUUUGAAAAUGCCUUAGUUGGUCAGAAUAGUAAGAGUGGAAAAUGUGAAACACGAAACGGAGGAGGAGGAGGCGGAGGCGGUGGGGGCGGAGGUGGAGGAGGAAAUGGUGGGAAUGGAAAAGACAAUUCCCACAAAAAGAAAAAAAGAAGCGGCGGGGGAGGAGGAGGAAAUGAUGGGAAAGGCGGAGGAUGGGGAUUUGGAUUUGGAUGGGGAGGUGAUGGACCCGGCCGAAACGGUGGUCGUUGUUGGUAUCCCGGUUGUGCUAAAAAGUUAACGGACAGUCAUAAUUAAAUAAGAGAUUGCCUAAAAGAGCAAUGAUAACUCCUAAAGCCAUGCUUUGUUUACCCUUCCAAUUCACAAUAAUUCCACUGUUUUUCCCUUUGCAACGGCCUAAAAGAACUCGUUGAUUUCUUUCUCUUUAUUUUUUUUAAUAUCUUGUGAGAUCUUUUGCUUUGAUUGAAAUGAAAUAUUUCCGAUUUGUUUGUU